GGGCCGCGCGGGCCGUCACGAGAGGGUCCACCUGAGGAUGCUCCGAGCUGCGCGAGGCGCGACACAUUUCGUAGGCGCGUGGGUGCGAGCGCGGAUUCAAUGCCUUUGAAAUUGGGAAACAGUGAUGAUUUGGCUCGUGCCGUGGAUCCUGGUCGCUUGCAGCGCUCGUCAGGUCCUGUCCCAGAACUUCACCACCAUGCCACCCACCACCACUGAAAUGGAGGUAUUUAACCGGACACGGUAUUGCCACUGGCCUUGCCAGUGCCCAGCAAAGCCCCCCACAUGCCCCUUGGGGGUCAGCCUAAUGAUGGAUGGCUGUGACUGCUGCAAGGCCUGUGCAAAACAGGUGGGAGAGGUCUGCAAUGAGGCCGACGUCUGUGACCACCACAAGGGUCUUUACUGCGACUACAGCUCUGACAAGCCUAGGUACGAAAAAGGAGUGUGUGCAUAUAUGGUGGGGACUGGCUGUGAGCACAACGGUGUCAUCUACCGCAACGGGCAGAGUUUUCAGCCCAGCUGCAAGUACCACUGCCUGUGUGUGAAUGGCGCCAUUGGCUGUGUGUCACUCUGCACCGACUCCUUGCCACCCCGGGUCUGGUGCCAGGUCCCACGGCGCAUCAAACUGCCUGGCCGCUGCUGUGAGCAGUGGAUCUGCGAUGAGCCCAGGAAGGUCCGGAAGACCUCUCCACGACACGCCCUUGAAGCUCCACCGAGCACCAGUGAAGUCUGGCAGAAGAAUUGCGUAACCCAGACCACUCCCUGGAGUCCUUGCUCCAAGACCUGUGGCCAGGGACUGUCUGUGCGCAUAACCAAUGCCAACGAGCAGUGUGAGCUGGAGAAAGAGGCGCGUCUCUGCAAUAUCCGCCCGUGCGAGAUUGAUAUCACCAAACAUAUCAAGCUAGGGAAGAAAUGCCUAAACAUCUACAGAGAAGAGCACAGCCAGAACCUCACCAUCUCGGGCUGUGCCAGCCGGAGGCCCUACCGGCCAAAGUACUGCGGGGUCUGCACUGAUGAGCGCUGCUGCAUCCCCUACAAAUCCAAGACCAUUGAGGUGGAUUUCCAGUGUCCUAAUGGAGCCAUGUUCUCCUGGAAGGUCAUGUGGAUAAACGCUUGCUUCUGCAACCUCAGCUGCAAGAACCCCAAUGACAUAUUUGCCGACCUGGAACGAUAUUAUGACCACCAUGAGAUUGUGAACUGAGACCAGACAGAGGUUGUUGUCUGUUACAUUUUCUUUACUCUCAAGAUGUGCCUAUUCUUUAUUUCAUAUAGUAAUAACAACUAACAGAUAUUUUCUGUUGUGCCUUUGCAUAUUUCAUGUUGUUAUCCCAGUAUAUUGUAUGUAUGAUUCAUAU